AAGAACAGUGGCAGACGAACUUACCAAAAUCGUGCGAAAACAUCCACGAUCAUCGGCUUACGGUUGGGUUGAUCACCUUCAAAAAUUCAUCUAGACUAAUAAGCAUUUCUUAUUUUUCAAAUCAGCUGAAAAUUUUUCCAGUGAAACAAGAUGAUGCAGUCAGAAGGAGGCGGUUUAGGCUCACUAGCGUUCGACGAAUAUGGCCGGCCUUUUAUUAUACUUCGUGAUCAGGACAAGAAAACCCGGCUUACAGGAAUCCAGGCACAGAAGCAACAUAUCUUGGCAGGAAAGACUGUGGCACACACACUUCGUACAUCACUGGGUCCUAAUGGGUUGGAUAAGAUGAUGGUGAGUGCAGAUGGAGAUGUGACAGUGACCAAUGACGGGGCCACCAUUCUGUCCAUGAUGGACGUGGAACAUCAGAUCGCUAAACUCAUGGUGGAACUGUCCAAGUCUCAGGACGACGAGAUCGGAGAUGGAACCACGGGAGUCGUCGUCCUUGCUGGUGCUCUACUAGAGGAGGCAGAGCACCUGUUGGAUAAGGGGAUCCACCCAAUCCGUGUUGCCGAUGGUUACCAGUGUGCGGCGCAGGUGGCUAUCGACCGGCUGGACCAGAUUGCAGACGCUUUCCCCGUUGACGCUAAGAACCCAGAACCGCUCAUUGAGACCGCCAUGACUACCCUCAGCUCAAAAAUCAUCAACCGCUGUCAUCGCCAGAUGGCUCAGAUCGCGGUGGAGGCCAUUUUGUCCGUGGCGGACUUCGAGCGGAAGGAUGUCGACUUUGAGCUUAUCAAGGUAGAGGGAAAGGUUGGUGGAAAGAUGGAGGACACCCAGCUUGUGAAAGGUGUGAUUGUAGACAAGGACUUCAGCCAUCCACAGAUGCCCAAGGAAGUAAAGGAUGCUAAGCUGGCCAUCCUGACGUGCCCGUUUGAGCCCCCCAAACCCAAGACCAAGCACCACCUGGACGUGACGUCUGUGGAGGCCUACAAGAAGCUGCAGGAAUACGAGCGGGAGAAGUUUGAGGAGAUGGUCCGGCAGGUUAAGGACACCGGAGCUAACCUGGUCAUCUGUCAGUGGGGCUUUGACGACGAAGCCAACCAUCUUCUGUUACAGAGAGAGCUGCCGGCUGUACGCUGGGUCGGGGGACCUGAAAUCGAGCUGAUUGCCAUAGCUACAGGCGGGAGGAUCGUCCCGCGGUUCCAGGAGCUGUCGGCGGAGAAGCUCGGGAAGGCCGGGAUUGUACGCGAGCUGACCUUCGGCACCACCAAGGAUCGCAUGCUGGUAAUCGAACAGUGUCAGAACUCACGGGCUGUUACCAUCUUCAUCAGAGGGGGGAACAAGAUGAUUAUUGAAGAAGCGAAGAGGUCCAUCCAUGACGCCCUGUGUGUUGUGCGGAACCUUGUCCGUGACCAUCGUAUCGUGUACGGCGGUGGUGCCAGCGAGAUCGCCUGUUCCCUGGCCGUGUCAGAGGCAGCUGACAAGAAUCCGUCCAUAGAACAGUACGCCAUGCGAGCGUUCGCUGACGCGCUGGACGCCAUCCCCAUGGCGCUGGCAGAGAACAGCGGUCUCCACCCCAUCAAGACGCUAGCCGCCGUCAAGUCACGGCAGGUGAAGGAGACCAACCCUCGCCUCGGUAUCGACUGUCUCGGCAAGGGCACCAACGAUAUGAAGGAGCAGCACGUCAUCGAGACAUUACUAGCCAAGAAACAGCAGAUCAUGCUGGCCACACAGCUGGUCAAAAUGAUCCUAAAGAUCGACGACAUUCGGACAGAUGAAGACAAGGCUUAAUUAAGUUGUACUGUACUCUGCACCAGUGUUCUAGCCAGUGUGACCUUUUUUCCGUCAUCUCAAUUUUGCUUGAUGUAAGAUCAUGUUGAGGUCUUGGGGCAUGCUUCCUCGACAAAAUGUUGAAAUCUUGACCCUCUUAAAUACUAUUUCCUGCAUUUUGAGGGGCAAAUUUAGCUGGUAGGCUAAGCUUAGUUUCAUGACAUCUCUUUCUAUAUCUUAACACACAAGCUGAUAUUUGUCCAUCAGAGAUGAUGGAUUGGGCAAAUUUUUUUGUCCGUUGUGAGCAGCAAAGUUCUGUCAAAUGACGGAAAGACGGAUGCUGGCUAGAACACUACUCUGCACAGUUAGGUACAUCCUUAGGUAUUUGUUCUUGCAGUAUACUUGUGUGUCAGUAGCAUGAUCUGACUUAAAAAUCAUGAAAUUUGCAAACUAUUAUUAGAUAUUUAAUUUGUCGGUGAAAUAUGCAAAAAAAGUAAAGGCCAUUGUGUCUUUAUGGAAACAACAAUGGAUGUUUUGUUUGAUGUGUUUUUCUCGUCCAUUAUAACUGUUAACAAGAUGUGCAUUGCAAAAUAUUUACCAGUCAACCUAAUUGUAUAGCAACCACCUUGCUCUGUCCUUAUGUAUAAAGGUUUGCAUCUUUUGUAUUACAUUUUUCUGCAGAAAUAAACUCAGCAGAAAUUCACUGGA